AUGCUGCAGUUGCAGCACCUAGGCAGCACAUUUGCACUGCUUAGGAUAGAGCCUGAUGGACCUCCUGGUGUACAGGUGUUGAGGAUUAUGCUGCUGGGAGUCUCUGGUGUUGGAAAGAGUGCAACAGGAAAUGCAAUACUGGGCAGAGAUUUGUUUAAAGAGAGCGGCACACUAGUGAGUGAACUACAGAGAGGACGAGUAGAAGACAGAAACAUCUCAGUGAUCGACACUCCAGGAUUCAACAACACUGAACUGACUGAUGAAGAGCUGCAGAAUGAAAUGAUGAAGAGUCUUUCUCUCUCUCAUCCUGGUCCUCAUGUCUUCCUGCUCAUCAUCAGACUGGACAGAUUCACUGAGGAUGUCAGGAAGAUUGUACGAAACAUUCAGGAGAACUUUGGAGAAGAAUAUUUGAUGUUCACCAUGGUGCUGUUUAUUGGACGGGAAAAAAUGUCCAGAAGAGAGUUUAAGCAAUUUAUUGAGAAUGAAAAAACAAAAGAGUUGCUGAACUAUUUUAAAGGAAGAUAUCAUGUGAUAAACAGCAAAAAUGAAUGCGCUACAAAUCAUAUCAUAAAGCUGUUGCAGAAUAUUGAUGAAAUGGUGUGGAACAAUGGAGGAGGACAUUACAACAGUGAGAUCUACCUGAAGACUCAGAAUGAACUCAGAGAGGAUAGAAAGAAACAAGAUGAGUUGAGGAAAAGACACAUCCCGAUUGGGGAAACACAAGAGGAUGUGAAGGAAAAACAAUAUGACAUUCCAAUUAAUUUGUCUGAGUUGAGGAUUGUGCUCCUGGGAGUCUCUGGUGUUGGAAAGAGUGCAACAGGAAAUGCAAUACUGGGCAGAGAUUUGUUUAAAGAAAGCAGCACACUAGAGAGUGAACUACAGAGAGGACGAGUAGAAGACAGAAACAUCUCAGUGAUCGACACUCCAGGAUUCAACAACACUGAACUGACUGAUGAACAGCUGCAAAAUGAAAUGAUGAUGAGUCUUUGUCUCGCUUAUCCUGGUCCUCAUGUCUUCCUGCUCAUCAUCAGACUGGACAGAACCACAGAGGAUGUCAGGAAGAUUGUACAAACCCUUCAGGAAAACUUUGGAGCACAAGCUUCCAGAUUCACAGUGGUUUUGUUUACUCAAAGACAGGAAAUGUCCAAUAGAGAAUGGAUUGCAUUUAGGCUAGAUAGAAAAACCAGAGAACUUCUAAACUACUGUGAAGCAAAAUAUCAUUUGUUGUUUCCUAAGAACAAGCGAGAUAGGAGCCAGAUCUCAAGCCUUUUGAAGAACAUAGAUGAAGUAGUGAGGAAGAACAGAAGAGAACAUUACACUAUAGAGAUAUUCAUGAAGAUCAGAAGAGAGGAGGAGAAGAGACAAGAGGAGGAUAGGACGAAAUGUCAAAAAGAGAAAGAAAGAAGAGAGCAGAAGAGAAGAACAGAGCAGAGGACAGGAGGCAAGAGGAAGAGUGGAAUGGAUUUCAAAGAAGAAGAGAGCAGUUUGAGAAAGACAGAGUGUACCAACCAGAAAGAAGACCUCAACACACUGAGGGACGUCAAAUAG